AUGGAGCCACCGACGGGCGUUGAUCCGCCUGUGACCUCUUCAACAGAAACUCCUCUUCAAACAACAACCCUUUCGAUUAUCAUCCCAACCUCCGCACCUACACUACAAACAACCACGGUCUCAUUCGUUCCUAAUUUGAAUGCGGCCUCCCUCGCCCGCUCUGACGCCUCAACCUCCUCAUUUCUUCCAGCAAUAAACCCAAAUAAUGCUGUUGGCUCCUCUUCCAGUUCGACCCCCCUGGGUAUUUCUUCCCUACCCUCCCCUUCGGCGGUAUCAGCAAACUCAGAAACAGGUCAUAUCAGCCACAAGACCUUGGUGAUCAUUUUGUCCACGGUGAUAGGCUCAGUUGGUAUUAUACUAGUUAUAACCGCACUGUGGCUCAUACAUCGGUACCGUAGAGGCAAAUCGCCGUUCUCUCAUAGAGGCGCUUCCCCCAUCGAUGAUGAGGAAAUAGCUUCAUGGCGUGCUCCUCCGGAAGAACCAAAAUUGCCAAUACUACAACCCGGAAGGCAACAAGCUGGGCAAGAUGUUGAUACCAUUGGCUUGGCACAUUCUCCUGACUGGAUGUGGCCAAGUGCACCUCCGGCGGUACGUCCACGUCCAUCCAUUUCUACGAUAAUACCAAACACGCCAUGUACUGCGCGAGCGCCAAACUCUAGAGCAGGCCUCACAGAUGAAGCCAUACCGGGUGCCGAUCCCUUUAUACCACCCAUGAAACGCCAGAGCUCACGGCUGUCAAAGACACCUCCAGGCCACGCAAGAACGAAGAGUCGGCGAAGUAGUAUGAGUGGUAAAAGCAUAUGGAGCUACAAUGGGACGACCAUUGGAAAUGUCGAAAGCAAACCAAGGGAGAGAACACAUAUAUGGUACGAUCCGGAGAAUGACAACAUCGGAAGAGAAUUGAAGGACUUGGAUCAUGCCAGUAGUUCGCCGGGGACGUCGAUAUUCGAUGGACUUGCUGUCGCAGGGGGGCUUUCACCGCGACCAGCAUCGCGGCCGAGGCUUUCGGCUGAGGAUAAAGAAAUUGGACGGGCUAUUGCAUAG